GACAAAACCUCUUAAUAGACCAAACAACUUCGUAAAAUCCUUCAGGUGAACAAGAGGCAACACUUAUUUGGGAUUUGCUAGACCACACAACAUUACAUUAUUAUCCUACUCAGAAUACAGAAUAUUUCCAACCUGAGAGUGAAUGACAGCCAUGGCACCUAUUUUACUUAACAACAUGGUGACUGUCCCUGACCAGUCUGAAUAUAGCAAGCAUGAGGUUUUCCACACAGCCGACCAGGUCCAUGUCAAGAACCCUCACUUGGAUACAAUGGAAGAGGAUAUUCUCUAUCACUUAAACCUGGGGACCAAGACCCACAACCUGCCUGAGAUGUUUGGAGAAAUCAAGUUUGUGUGUGUCGGUGGCAGCGCAAAUCGGAUGAAGUCCUUUGCCCAGUUCAUUCACCAGGAGCUGGACUUGCCCGGAAGCAUAGAUGAUAUCACAGAUAUCUGUGAGGGAACCGACCGCUACUCAAUGUACAAAGUGGGACCUGUGCUUUCUAUUAGUCAUGGUAUGGGUUGCCCGUCAAUCUCCAUCAUGCUUCAUGAGCUCAUCAAACUGGUGCAUCAUGCCCGCUGCCACAAUGUCGUCCUUUUCCGCAUUGGUACCUCGGGUGGAGUUGGUCUGGCCCCAGGAACAGUAGUGGUCACAGAUAAGGCAGUGGACUGCUUCUUCCGUCCCCAGUUUGAGCAGGUAGUUCUGGGUAAGGUGAUUAUCAGGAGCACCGAGCUGGAUGUGGGUGUUUCUAAGGAGCUGCUGCAGUGCUCCUCUGAGUUGAACAACUUUCCAACCGUCAUCGGAAACACCAUGUGCACACACGACUUCUACGAAGGCCAGGGCCGACUGGAUGGAGCCCUCUGCUCCUUCUCCACAGAAGACAAACUGGAGUACUUGAGGAAAGCCUACAACAGUGGAGUGAGGAACAUUGAGAUGGAGUCCACAGUCUUUGGAGCAAUGUGUCACGCCUGUGGCAUCAAAGCUGCUGUCAUCUGUGUGACUUUGUUGAACCGCUUCGACGGAGAUCAGAUCUCCACCCCUCAUGAUGUACUAGAGGAAUACCAGCAGAGGCCACAGGUUCUGUUGGCCCACUUCAUCAAGAAACGCCUGGGCCUCAUCACCUAAACUCCCCCGGUCACCUCCACUGGCCGUUAAAUGUAUAUAGCCACAAUCCAGGCUGAUGUGUAUAUGUGUAUACUGUAUAGUGGUGUGUAGAUUGUUGUUUUUCUCUCUUACUAUUUGGUGAGUUUUGUAUGUAGUUAUGUGUUAAUUUUAUGAGAAAUAAAAUCUUCUGACUUUAAUUUAA